AUGCGACAUCGAUCCAGUGAAAUUUUUUUCAGUUCUAUUUUAUCAGAUUUCAGAAAAGAUCAACUGAAAGUUCACUUCGGCAAUAAUGGUGUCCUAACAGUUUCCGGCGAACGCCCCCCAGAAGGAAGUAAAUGGAUCCGAUUCAGCAAGGAAUUCGCCACUCCUAAAGACUGCAAACCAACUGAAAUCCGUGCAAGGUUCUGUACCAAUCUUUAUAUAACAGUGCCGAAGGAAAUCGCGCCUUCGCAUGCGGAGACAGUGCCUCCGUUGCUGCCGGUUCAAGACAAAGGAAAACUCGAUCAACAGAGAAACAUUCGCCAAAGCGGAGGGGUUACCGACGAGAUGGCUCCCCCCGAAUGGUCUAUUUCAAGUCUUAAGAUAGAAGGCAAAACAGCAACGAAGAUUGUGGCAAGUUUGAUAGUGACGGCAAUAUUGAUUGUUGGAUAA